AUGGGUUCAGGUAAGACAUUUAACCUCAUUCGUCAUAUACUCAUAACAGAACGUUUAGGAAAUGACUCAUAUUAUGACCAAAUCAUUAUAUCAGCAACUUCAGACUCUAUGGACUCAACAGCGAAAACAUUUAUGUCAAAAGUUCAAGCCUCUGUCGUUAAAGUUCCAGACAGUGAACUCAUUGAAUUUCUUCAACGUUACAUUCGACGUAAGAGGAAAUAUUAUGCCAUCGUUGAAUUUAUACAGUCAGGAAUGCAAAAGACCUCUGAGGAGAUGGAAAGAAUUAUUGACAAACACCACUUACGUCAGUACUCAGGAGUUUACGAUAUGAAACGACUUACAAACUACAUUCUAUCAAAACUUUCAAAAUACCCCUUCAAAAAAUAUCCUUCAAACACUCUGCUCGUUUGCGACGACUUCGCCGGAAAAGGUUUAGUGUCAAAACCAGACUCACCAUUAGCUAACAUCAUAACUAAAGUCAGACAUUACCAUUUAACUGUAGCAAUACUUAUGCAAACAUGGAGGUUUUUAGCUUUAAACAUAAAACGUCUCAUAACUGACUUCGUUAUCUUUCAAGGUUUCUCACGUUAUGAUAUUGAACUCAUUUGGAAACAGUCAG